AUGCCAGCUACAUGCAAUAGCCAGUGCUCGUGUGGUCUUUUGCAGGACCCUGUGCAGCCAGACCUCCGCGUAGGGGACGCUCUUCUGGUCGUGGGCUCGAGCUCUUUGCCAGAGGCAGACAGUGAGGAGCUGGCUUUGAAGCUUCUGGAUGAUGAGUGUGCCUCCAGCCUUGCCGCCAACAAGCGCGGCAUCCAGUGCCUUGCUGUAAGCGACCUCGAGGUAGGAAGUCCACCACCGCCACCACCUCCGCCGCCUCCACCGUCGGCACUCCCGGCGACGGGACGGACGCGACUGUACAAGGUGUGGCCAGCAGGCAACAGAUUCUGCUGCGCAGGAUAUUGCAUGACAGGGAAUCCUGGACACGAGUGUUCCGCGGCACAGUGCCUUCGCGACACCUGUGUUUCUGACAGCAGCAGUUCGCGUCGACAGCGAUGUGAAGACUUAGCUUCGGAAUUGGAAGGCUGGGAUUCCAUCAACCGCCCGUGGUGCACUGCGCUUGGUCCAGCCAACUGCUUCUCCUGGGCCUGCAUCUUGGUACCUUCCAUUCUUUAUUUUGCGGUCGCUUUGCCAUACUACUGGAUCGAAGUACAUCCGAUUCUUCCCAUGACGGCCUUGUUCUUCUUUCUCAUGACCGUGGGCUGCCUCCUGUCGGCAUGCCUGGCCGAUCCUGGUAUCAUCCCGCGGAGGGAGGUGAUCUUGGCUACCGGUUCCGCGGAGAAGCUGUGCCAAGAGUUAGGCUACAACGUGCUGGGGGAGACAGUCACCGAGCGGGGCGAGCUUCGGGAUGGCACCGAGCGUGUCCAAAUACCACCAGAAUUGAGAAAACAGGGCUACAGGUGGUGCAGCACAUGUCGCAUUGUGCGACCACCGCGAGCUUCGCACUGUGCCGACUGUGACAACUGCGUGCUGCGAUUUGAUCACCAUUGCCCCUUUAUCAACAACUGUGUGGGCCAGCGGAACUACCUUUUCUUCUUCGGGUUCACAAGCUCCGUUUGCAUGCUUGCGCUGGUUGUCAUUCCAUCCCUGCUGUGGUACCUCCUGGUCGGAACCGGGAUCAGCGCUGGGCAGAGCCAGGGUACCGAGAGCUAUGCGGUGAACUCUGAUGCUGUUCUGCGUGGCUUCCUCAUCACUCUGGCGGCUGCGGGAGGUACAGCAGCUCUGUGCGUCGUGGGCUUGUGGGGGUAUCACCUCUUCCUGAUCUGCUCUGGUAUCACUACGAGAGCCACUCAGACCUACGCUUUGCGUUCUAGUUGGUUUGAAUGUGGUUUUCUCGUGUUGCCGUCGCAGUGUACCAGCCACUUGCUAGCAUGA